AUGUCUGGCAUUGAGAUCGUCGCAGGCGUGGCCGCCAUUGUGACUGCAUUCAAUGGAUCUGUCAAGUUGUAUAGGUCUUGGAGGGAGAAACAAAGAGAGCGCUUGGAGCCCAAGGAGAACCAGAAUCUUGAACGGUCUUUGACGAUUGGUGGGACGACUGUUCAGCGGGAAUAUGAUUGUCAUUUCGCGAAGCUGGGGCCUGAGUUUGCUGUUGGCGAUGAUCGAGCGAGGGCUGAGCUGGCUGGUUACGUGAUCAAGCUGCAGCAUACAAUCAUCACAUUGAUGACGGAGUCAAACUCCUCUAAUAACCUCGUCUUGCCGAGUCUGCCUGCAAUAUAUUCCACUUCUGAGGAUACGAGGAAGGGAGUCGUGUCUGCCAUGGCACAGCAGUAUCAACGAAUGGUUCAAGCUAAGCCUCUGAGUGGCUCGUAUCUGACCAAAAUACUCUCUGGUUCCAGGCAAGCGAUUACUUGGGGCACAUCGUCUGCCAGCUCUUUGCCUCCACUCUUCCGUAUUUGCACAGAACUUGACCUCAACUACAAUCAGAAAUAUAGGCAGCAACGUCGGGUCUGCUGUUGUGGGUUUGCAGCAGACUGCUGGGGACACGACGCUGGCUGGGCUGGCCUCCUAUGGGUCAGACCCAUGGGAGAAGGAAUCGACUGCAAGGUAGCGAUUGAGCAUCAGGGGCUCUGCCAGUAUCAUUUUCGGCCCAAUGACCGAAACCCGCGACGACGUUCCGAACACCUCUUAUACUACCUUCUCUGCUAUGAAUCGUCAUCUGGAGAGGAGGAUGUCGAGAGAUACACGAGGGAGCAGAUGCAGUCUCACUUUGAGGACAAACACACGCUUUCCGAGCUCAGGAGCAAGAAUUUGGUGUACUACGUCUUGAGUGAAGAGUCAUAG